ACACACACACUGGCAGCGUGUAAAGCUGGCAUUGCGCUAUGAACUUGCCUAGGAAGGACUUUCCCUGCCCUUGGAGAGCAAAUAGGAAGGAUGAGCGAGAACGGGAAGCAGGCGGCGGCGGCCAACGACAGGGAGCAGUUCGUGGGCUUCUUCCCGCAGAUUGUCAAGGACCUGACAGAGGAUGAGCUCCACCAGGAGGAAGUGGCCGAUGCCGUCGCCAGGCUGAAGGAGGUGGUAGAAUACAACGCUUUUGGCCAGGACAAUAAUUUGGGGGUGAUUGUUCUCACUGCCUUCCGCGUGCUGGCAGGGCCGGACCAGGGGGAUCAGGAGAGCGUCCUUCGUGCUCUGGCUGUUGGCUGGUGCGGUCAGCUGUUUCAGGCCUUUCUCCUUCUAUCAGAUGACAUCAUGGACCACUCACUGACACGCAAUGGACACCCCUGUUGGUACAAAAAGGAAGGAAUUGGCAUGGAUGCUGUGAACGACGCCUUCUUGCUUGAGGCCUGCAUCUACCGGCUGCUGAAGCGAUACUGCCGGGAUCAGCCGUACUACGUAAACCUGCUGGAGCUCUUUCUCCAGGCGGAGUAUUGUAUUGAACUGGGGCAAGCCCUGGACCUGAUCACGGCACCCCCCUCUCAGGUGGAUCUGAACCGCUUCACAGAACAGAGGUACAAGGCGAUAGUAAAAUACAAGACGAGUUUGUAUUCCCUCUACCUCCCGGUGGCAGCUGCUAUGUACAUGGCUGGCAUAGAUAGUGAAGAAGAGCAUGCUCAUGCCAGGGCCAUCCUAAUGGAGAUAGGGGAGUUCUUCCAGAUCCAGGAUGAUUUCCUUGACUGCUUCGGUGACCCUGAGACGGAGACCGGGACCGACAUCCAAACCAACAAGUGCAGCUGGCUGGUGGUGCAAUGCCUAAAGCGGGCCUCGGCGGAGCAGAGGCGCCUCCUCGAGGAGAACUAUGGACAAAACGACCUGGACAAAGUGGCACGUGUGAAAAAACUCUAUGAAGACUUGGGCCUGAAAGCUGUUUUCAAGGAUUACAAGGAGAGCAGCUACCAGCAUGUGUCAGGCCUUAUUACCCAGCAUGCCGUCAAUCUACCCCCUCAGACUUUCCUUGGCCUGGUUCAGAAGGUUUACAAGAGGCAAAAGUGACAGGCCUGCCCAUUAAGAAGCAGGGCAGGGUGCAUAUACCUGUCGCAAGGGAGUAGCAAAAUCAACCGACCUUUCCUGCAGCUUUCAAAAGGGAUAGCGGGGCGGCCUUUCUAGAACUGCCAUGGGAGCACGCUUGGGUGGUUGUACUUUUGGCAAGAUUUUAAUUCAUUUGAAUUCACAUUUUCUACAACUUUUUAUAACGCAACUGACAAACCCAGAAUUGCACAAGCAAAACCAACUUCGGUUGCUGGGUUCAUCAGGGGAUAACAGAGUUUGGAGCAUUCUUAGGGAGGUAAUCUUGCCAUCUGUACAUUGCUUACAAUAUUCUUUU